AGCAGGGUCUGACCCCAUCCACACGGCUCCCCUGGCUAACAGGAAUUUUGCCCGUGGAUUCUGUCGGUGGGGCCAGAGCUGCCGCUUCUCCCAUGACAGAGAAUCAGCCCGGGUCUGCAGGUACUUCCAGCGUGGGUUUUGCCGUUAUGGAGAGCAGUGCAGGUAAGGAAGGGCUGUGAUGCCACGAGGGUGGGCUGGGAGCCCAGAGGAGUCGUGCUGAACUGAUGGGACCCUCUGUCUCUGUCCCUGGGCUCCUCCAGCUACCAGCACAUCCAGGAGGAGCCAGCGCCAGUAGGGACCCAGUAUGGUCUGAUGCCUCACUGCCACUGUGGCCAGGAGCCUGGCACUGAGCCCACAGCCAUGGAGCGGGACCAGGGGGGAGCCCAGUGCACCAUGGCCCACAGCAAGACGUGUGUGGCCUUCAAGUUCCCCAAAGUGGAGGCAGAAGUGGAAAAGAAAGACAAGAAGAACAUCCCAUCUCUUGGUAAUAUCCCCCAUGGGGACAUCAGUGGAGAGUUUGUUCCCACAAAAGCUCAGAGUGCCUCAGGCUUCCAGCCACAAGGACCAGCACUGGAUCCAGACUCCUCUAACCCCAAAGAGGCAAUUUUGGAGAUGGCAACAUGGACUGGUGACCCUGCAAAGGUGGGUUUGGGGUCUCCUGUGGCCGGGUAUUCCCUUGUGGUCACCUUGUGGUGUUCCCCGAGGCCAGAGCAGUGACAGAACCAGGGGGUUUGCUGUGCUGCUCUGCCUGCAGGUCCCUGCAGAGCCGGGUGCUGUGGCAGCCCUGGCCAGCACCGCAGCGCUGAGGGCCCGCAGUGAGGCUGUAGUGUGUGGCAUCUGCAUGGACAGGGUGUAUGAGAAGCCACUGCCAGAGGAGCGGCUCUUUGGGAUCCUCCCGAACUGCAGCCACGCGUACUGCGUGGGCUGCAUCCGCAAGUGGCGGCGCAGCCGGAACUUCCAGAGCACCGUCAUAAAGGCCUGCCCAGAGUGCCGGAUCACCUCCAGUUACUACAUCCCCCACAAAUACUGGAUCUCAGAUGUGGGUGAGAAGGAGAAGCUCAUCAGAGCCUUCAAGGCACGCACAGGGAAAAUCAGGUGCAAAUUCUUCCUCCGGGGCCACUGCCCUUUCAGAUCAGAGUGCAUCUACCUGCAUGAGCUGCCUGCCAAGUGCCUGCGGCGGCACAGACAGCGGCAGCUGAGGAUGCCCGCUGUGUUCAUCCCUUCUUCCUCGGAGAGCUCUGACGAGGAGGAUGAGGAGCUCUGCACGCUCGAGUGGGCUCUGACCCUGGCCAUGCUGGAGACAGAAUUUCCCCACUCAAAUUACGGCCACGAGAUGCUUCUCAUUGACUUCAUCGAUUCCGACUGAGCCGUGGGGGCCACGCUGGGCCUGGGUGCUGGUGGUGGCCUGGACACGUCCGUGGGAGGCAGAAGUGUCUGCUUUGACUCCUGCCGUUGUUUUGGGGUGGCUCCUGCCGUGGGGGUGUCGCAGGGAUGGGGUGGGAUGGGGGAGCAGUCUGUCUGGCAUUUAUGGGUGCACCGGGGAGACUCAGGGCACAGUCCCACUGCUCUUGCCGUGGUGCCCAGGGGAGACCCACGGGUGGGUGGGGUGGGGUGGGUGCUGGGAGCCGGCGGAGGGGGGGGGUCCGACAUCCACGGGCCGGGCAGCAGGGGGGCACUGUUUUAAACUCUUUUUAGCCAAAUCCGGGCAUAACGAAAUAAAACGGGUUGUGUAACGCUA